CAAACACCAUGGCUCCUCCGAUUUUGCGUGUGAAACGAAAAGCUUCAGAAGACCCCGUACAGGCGCUGUAUCUUCAGCUUGGCGACCCUGCGCACACCGGAACUCCAUCAAAAAAAACAAAAGUUAAUGGCAAUUUUUGCUUUCAAUUGGCUAAAACCAUUCACGGUCCAUCAGCUGGUGCACCCGUUGAACCUUAUGCUCCUCCCCCUGUCAUUAGUGCCAAUCCACCUCAAACGAAACAACGCCCUUCUUGGAUAGAUAGUGGACAUGUUGGUAUUCCACGCGUUGUAGCUGCGGAUGAAUUUGCUACGCCCUCAAAACGCAAAUUCUCCCCUUCAGCGAAUUCGCAGACUCAUAAGAAAUUUGCUAUCCAGGAAAUUGAAUCGGGUACCACUGGAAACGUGUUCGAUGCGGUCUUGUCAGAUUAUGUCGAAGAGGAGAAACCUUCAAACGUGCAUCCCCAAUUACAGUAUAUGGUGAAAGAAUACUUGGGAACAGAGGACCAGUUUGUGUACGAUAUCUAUACCAUUAAUUCGAGCAACAGCCCGAAACCAACAACAGACUUUGGUGUUAUUGAUGCUUCAGCAGUUCCGGAAAUGUUCCGUCAAAACUUAGAAAACGAACUGCUGCUGGACGACUCUGACGACAAUACCUCUGAUGAUGGCGACGAUGUCGACGAGGACUCCAAUGCCGAAAGUUUCUAUCAGAACAGCUACCCCGACGAGGAUGAAUGGUACGAGGGUCCCGACCAUUCAGAAAGCGAAUUUGGUGAAUCUUCUGAAGAUUACUACUAGAACUGAGACAAUCAGUUUACAUGAGGGCUUGCUGCGCAUGUUUAACACGUUUCCAUCCGACUUCUCACCCUCUCGAAGCAGGUCCUCUUAAAUUAUCGGUUUUUUGGUGAGCAGAACGCUCUUUUUCACUCUUUCUUAUAAAGAAAAAACCUAUAUACCCUCUUUUUCACUCUAUUUCCCACUCUAUUUUUCACUUUUUAUUAUUUCUAUUUGGUUUGUCAAAAUAGAAAAAUCCCAGAAAGCAAUACACUCUUUGGCGAGCAUAUUUUAUAUCUGAUUAGCCUUCAUUCAUGACAGGUUCUAGAAGACCACAUUCUGAGGUGUGGUAUGUAUAUGUGUGACUGCAUCAUUUGUUGUGCUGCUACAAGGGAAAACUUCGUCCCUCCUCACCUCUACACUGUCCUCC